AGUUUUGCCGUUUGGAAACAUUAAAGCUGUCUGUAAAGUUGUUUUCUGAUUUGAUAAGGGUAAUUCAAGGUGGAAUUGCCCCAAUGAGCAGUGCGAGUUUCCGGAUGGUCUGUUGUUUGUAACACUUCAUUUUGGGUCUGCGUAAGCGACCCAAAAUGCAAUAAAGGCACAUUUAAAUUGAAUUAAUUAAAAAAAAACGCCGCACAUACCUCUCAAAUCUGGACUGGAUUAAUCUACAGACCCUAAGGAUUCAUAAAAACACAAUUUGAUUUGUGAAACCUUUUAUUGUAGUAGUACAAAUGCAAUAAAUUUUUUAUGUUUUUAUCCAGCAAGAUGCUGGAUAAAAUAGCCAUAGUAGACCUGUGUAUGUACAGGUCUACUAUGGCCAGAAAAUGUACAUUUUCUAUGUGGCUUAUCCUCACUAGGGAGAUUUUAUACGCCUAAAGGGCCUGUACUAUCGAUUCAUACGGUCUGAGUCGAUCCAUCCAUCUUUAUUGAGGUCACAAAGCGACAGCGAUUGUCCAAGGUCCCUUUGUGCAAGGAAGAGUUUGCCAUAAAAAGACUUAUUUAGAUUCAUUCACUUUCACACUUGCUUUCCUCUCCGCGGGGUCUGAUGACUUUUUGCUUGAAGUCCAGGAAGCACAAACCGGGUGAAGAGUUGGGAGCGCUGAAGAAACACAGCAAGUUGAAAAGAGGACAAUCCAAAACAGGAGUGCGGGCAUGGUAGAGGCCUGACCUGGGAUGUGGAAGCAGGAGCACCACAGACAAGGUGCCUUCUGGGAGAGACAGGAAGACUUUCCCCAGGCGGCGGUCCAGCUUCUCCAUGGUGUGCUCCAUCUGCACCUCCUGCACAUAAACACAAUCCUUGCUGCUCCUCGCUGGUAAAGUCAAGAAGCUCUCUGCAUGAGCCGUCGCCCCCUCGUAGCAUAGCAAAAUUUGCACAAACCAGCACUGUUGGAGUUACAAGCUCGCUGUCGUCGUCAGCAAGCCAUGAAGUCAUGUGGGGCGGAGUCAGCGCCGGACAGACGAGGAAGUUUUCCCUCCAGAGUUCCUCUAAGGACCUGAAGGCCGCAUGUCUGCCCUCUGGACUGGCAAACUCUGUUAAAAACAAACAGUACGCCUUGCUUAAUACCAAAAAAAAACGUGCUUGUGGUGCCUGUUUGCCCCCGACUAAGCUAAAUUAGCAAUAUUUAGCUAGUAAUUACACAUCGUUGACUUUUGGCAUCGCUGACAUGAAAGCACAUGCCAUCAUCCCUCGUUUAUGACUGUUGAUUCCACAAGAGGCCACAGAUGAAACUGUUUAUACUACCAUUUUCACUGAUGUAGCAGCUAGGAUGGCCACAGUUUGACUCUGGAACAGAUCAUUCCAAUUGACAUGAUUUCCUGUUGGGUUUGGUGGGGGAAAAUAUGUGGCCUGUUUGAGUACUCACGUAUGCACGCGUAUCUCGCACGUCUUCCAGGUUUAGCCUUGGCAAAGACUCUUUCCACGGCUCCAAAGCGGCCGAACCUCUGCGCAAGCGUUAUCUCACUCAGCUCAUAUGUCUCGGCAGGAAGUGGCGUGCGAUCAUUCAGUUCUGAGCGCUCGCCGUCCAGCGUGUGUCCGCUGCGCUUGGCCAAGACGCUGCGGGCCAGGAGGGGCUCGAGUCUGGUGGUGUAGAGUCGGCGCGUGUUGAGCACAUCGCUCAUCAGCGCAUUGAGAGUCACAUCCAAAUCCAGCGUAGACUCGUUGACCGGCCUCUGUACCUAGAAGACGCAGACACCCUCUGUGGCUCCUUGAUAUAUGUAUUUCAUAUGUUGCUGGACACUAUUGUUUGAUGAGCCACAGGCGGGAACAAAUACUGAAUGUGAGUGUGAAUGGUUGUUUGUCUAUAUGUGCCCUGUGAUUGGAUGGCCACCAGUCCAGGGGGGUACCUCACCUCUUGCCCGAAGUCAGCUGGGAUAGGCUCCAGCACCCCUGCGACCCUCGCGAGGAUACAUGGUAGAAAAUGAAUGCAAGUUUAGCUCCAAAGGGCUGCUGCUGUUUUUGAUGCUGACUUAUACCAUGGUACCUUGGCAUACCAGUGUCACAACUACCGAAGUGAGUCGUCUCUCAGCUGAUGUUUGCUCUGAGCUGAGAGCUAAAAUGACCAGCAGGCAUAGCAGAGGACAGCGACUUGGGGCCUUGUGUCAGUGUGACCAUGACUGAAGACCAGUAUGGAUGUAAGUAGCAAUUGCUGCGCUAGCUAGUGACCGGGAAACCAGUAAACAUUAGGAGUGUGAAUCUCAGCACUGAGGACGAUUCGAUAUACAUCUUGAUGCACUGCUAGCGAUACCAUACUUUAGCGAUACAUUGAAUUUUCUGGCGAUACAAUGCGAUAAUCAUUUAGCUCAAAUCAAUGCAAUCCGAUAUGAUAUGAUGCAAUUUCUUGCGAUAUGAUGCAAAUAAGCAAAGGGAAAAAUGGAAUUCAGUAUGGUCCUAUAAAAAGGGUUUGGUUUUAUUCCUUCUAGGCACUUGGCAUUAUUCUACUAAAGUGCUGUUUGUCUUUUUUACUAUGAACCACUUCUUGAUCAUUCUUUUUGACAUCUUAAAACAGCAACAACUUUUCCUCACACUUUCACAUCGGCUAUGCAAUUACAAUAGCAGUGUUUAAGUGGUGGAGUAAAACAAUUAAACAAUAAUUACUGCUGUAAAAAAGUACAGCAACAACAAAGUUAAAGUGACACUUUCAACAGUGCAAUCAAUAUUUGUUUAUAUUCCUGUCUGCAAAACAUACUGCUAAUAAACUGCUGAAGCGGAAAAGAACUUCUACCCUUUUAAGAUUGUUUCAAAAUUGAGGAAGAAGCCAACUGCUCUGCUGUUCUAAUGUCACCUGCUGUGCUGAACACUAGUUCGAGGGGCACAAAUAGCUCCUGGACAAUUUGGAAAGCAGCGGAAGAUCCACUUGUUCUGACCUGAUUUGCUUGGCUUUUCCCUGGUUUCUUAACGCUGCAUUCUUUGCAAAUGACAGACAUUUUGUCGAGCUUUCCGCGUUUCUUUCAGAAUUCGUAGUGUUUCCAAACAUACCAUUUAAACGUUGCAGGGGGGGGGUUAGAUAUAGAAACUCCCUCGCUGCUGCUUGCGUACGGACGUCCAUGCUGUUUUACUAUUAGUUGUAUGUGCCUCACGGCUUCCGUCCGUAUUCAAUAUAAAACACCAAAUAAUGAUGGUGCAUUCAUGGCGCCUGGGGAACAGCAUAUGGGGUGAAGAUCAAUUACAUCCAUACCCGGUGAAUGAGCCGAUGCGAGUCGCAUCGCGCGCAUGCGCAUUGAUGGAUCAAUUAAUAGUCAUUAUUUUCGACACCCUUAGUAAACAUAGUACAGUAUUGGGAGGGCAGGUAGAGACAGAGCGCCACCCGGUGGCUGAGUUCCUAACAGCUUUUACCUUCAAGGUGUGUCCCUGCACUUGGAUGCCGUUCAACGUUUGCAGUGCCAGCGCGGCUCCUUCUAGCAGCUUGAACUCCACCAAGGCGUGAACCUGCACGGUAAACACAACCAGGACCCCCUCAUUCCUACAGGAAACGGACCGGCAAAGAGCACGCACAUGUCCCCAAGGAGUGUGCUCGCCUGCAAGACCACCACGCACGCCGUGAGCAGGACAUACACACACAAACCCGCCACCCAGGUCUUCACCUUGUGGUCCAGCUUGGCAGGCAGGUCCUGGGACCGCUUUGAGAGAGGAGACAUAUGGAGCACAGAGAAGAACGGAACCUUGCCCAGCCUCCUGAAAGAGGCCGCCACCUGGAGGAAACGACAAGAACGUCUCUUCAGGCCCAGCAGAGUGGAGCCACUGCUGAUUGGCCAGGUGUAAGGCCACGUCGCAGCGCUUCCCCAUGUAGCAAACUGACCUGCCGAGUCGCUGCAACACCUCAGCAAACCUGCGCAGCGUCAAAAUAGUCCAAAGUCAUCACGUGGAUAGACACUGGAGAGACACAAACAUUGCUGUGUUCAUGUAUGUACCUGCUACUGGGCUCUGAUUCCGAGUGUGUCGACUCUUCUUGUAACGUCAAACCCCAAAGUUGCUCCAGGUGAUCCUCAAGCACCUGACACACGGGACAAGACGCAUUGCAGCAACUGUACAAGGUCCUCUUCUAAUGAAGUACUGGGCCAGCUCCAACGCUGCCAAGGCGUCCUCGGUGGGGUCGUGACCUGUCCUCUCCUCUGUUUGGAUCCGCCUACUGAUGUACAGCCGCGAGGUGUCGAUGACGUGUGGAUGGAUGAGCUGCAACAGUUCAGGUCAGUCAAGUGCGGCUUCAAGGUACUGAAGUGCUCCACUCACUUUCAGGGCCGUCAGAUCGCUGUUGAUGGAAUGACCCACCAGGACCGCGUCUCGUGGCAACAGCCUCUUCAGCUCGGCUUGAACGUCGCCGAGCUUGGUCCUGACCGGCUGCAACAUGGCCGCUGUGAUACCAGAAAACCUGCACACAGGUCGUAAAGCACCUCCAUUUUCCUUCUUCAUUUUCUCCAAAAGCGCCAACAAGACCUGAAGGGCCUUUCUUCCCACAGGAAAUCCAAUCCUUUCCAGACACCCCAAAUUAUCAACACCAAAUGCAUUCUAUAGACUAGUAAUGAUAGUUUCACAUGUAGAAAACAAUGCUACUUAUCAGGAAUGAAAUGGAUAAAUUACUUAUUCAUGUAUUAUAAUAUUGUAUUAUUAUUAUGUUAUUUAAUAUCUUUAUUUAGACUUCUUUGGCAUUUAUUUGAAUGUUUGAUGCUCUUUGUGUUUCCACUCGCUGCUCAACAUUUGUAGUUCUUUCUCCACUUUAUUUCAUGUCCCAUGUUGCCUUUCCUCACUGAAUCUACUGUAGAUGGCGUGUGCGUACUGUGUGAUGUAGUCCAGUAUUUUGUUGUCCGGUUUCACCAGUCGGUCCAGCAUGCACGUCCCCUGGCAGUCCACCAGGGACACCCUGGUCACCUCGUAGCCUCUCACUGUCAGACACUGCCAGCAUCAACAAUCAGCAACACCAGGAAGGGGGUGGGCUUUCACCAGGAAGUGCUUUUUGCUUGCUCACCAUUUCACAGUCCAGUCCAAACAGAGGACUGGCGUCCGUGACGACAUCGUCGCUAUGGGUGCACACAAACUCCUCGAAGCCUGGCAUCCCUGCAAGGAGAGGCGAAGGAUGGGAAGUGAGAGGGCGGCGAGGAGGAAAAGGAAGACAAGAGGCGGCAACGACGACCUUUCACCGGGUAAUGUCCCUUGAUCAUCUCCUCCUGGGGGAGCAAGUAGGCCGUCAGACCACGCCUCCUCGUCCCAAACUUGGUCACGACCGGGAACCGUCCAAAGUGGCCACGUCACUGCUGAAUAUCCCGGAGAGCAGGUUGCUGGUGGACGGCGUGGAUGGCGUGAAGGUGACUCUCUAAAGCGUCCAUGCAAAGAAGGCAGCAUGCACUGAGCCUCCAUGAGAAUUAGGAAUGCUGAGGCAGCGCAGUCAAUCCUCGGCUGUAAGAAAGACUCUCCUGUCAAAUCAAGUCUUUGCGUAUCUGAUCGUCAUCGACUUCGAGUCCACAUGCUGGAGAGAGAAAAGGAACUCCACCCAGGAAAUAAUUGAAUUCCCCGCUGUUCUUCUGAACGCAUCCACCGGGGAGAUCGAGUCCGAGUUUCACACUUACGUUCAACCUCAGGAGCAUCCCGUACUGUCGGCCUUCUGCACCGAGCUAACUGGCAUUACACAGGUGCAAGUCGAAGCGGGUGUCCCACUCCAGAUCUGUCUGUCUCAGUUCAAUCGCUGGCUGCAAACACUGCGUCUGGAGAAGGCACUCGUCUUUCCCGGCCGGCAGGACGCAGCUUCCGCUCCUCCGCCUUCCUCAAAGCUGUGCGCUUUCCUCACCUGGUCGGAUUGGGAUCUGGGAGUGUGUUUGCACUACGAGUGUAAACGCAAGCAGAUUCACAAGCCAGACGUGGUCAACAGCUGGAUCGACCUGAGGAGCACCUACAGGAUGUUUUACAGCAGGAAGCCCAAAGGUCUGAACGGUGCGCUGCAAGAUCUGGGAAUCCAGUUUUGUGGAAGAGAGCAUUCCGGUCUGGAUGACGCCAGGAACACGGCUCAGCUGGCAGCGAGGAUGAUGAGGGAUGGCUGCGUGAUGAAGAUCACCAGAAGCUUAGUGAGGGAAGACAAACCAAAGAAGCCAGCAACCUCCACUCCGUCUUCUGUAGCAAAUGCCACUAAAGUCCUAAACCUGCAGGAUAACUCCAGUCCCAGGGUCUCUGUCCCGGUCCGUCAGAGUCUCGUGUCUCCAAAGACUCUCCUCAAUGGUACGCCGUCACCCCUGUGUGGUCUCUGGAGCAGGACAAGAUGCGCCACAGCGGUGGAUUCCUCCAACAACCUCAUUCUCUGCUCCACGGUCAUGGGGAGUCUCCAGCACCAACAGGCCCGAAGAAGCGGACCCACAGGACUGGGGGAGGAGCACAUCGAGGAGUUGGCAGUGGAAGCUGAGGACAGGUGCGGGUCCUAUGAUGACGUGGUGCUGGAUGACAUCGUUAUGGACCCUGAAGGGACUUUGGAGGCCAUCUCUGAUUAUUACAGCGCGUGGGGAGAACCUGUGGGACCUCCAGGUGACACAGCCGUGUGUCAAGAUGUCCCUGAUGGACAGAACCCUGGCUUUGCAGUUCUCCAGACGGCUUCAAAACAGCAGCAGGCUGCAUCAGCGCAUAAAAUCAAUAAGACAACCUCCUCCUUCAGGACCUUCGUCCCAGACAGGUCGUCCACCCCCGACGCCUCCAUCUUCCGUCCCAAAGGAGGCAUCGCAUCAUCAACGUCGUCCUUUACUGCCCUCACUGACUCUCGGAAGAAGGUUGCCGCUUCGGCUUCCUUCAACGUCCCCAAGACCGUCCUCUCCUUGAGACCCGCCAACGUCGUUCCAUCUGGAACAGCCAAGAUCACGCCACCGCUGUGCGGCUGUGGGCGCCGCAGCAGGCGUCUGCAGGUGUCCAACGGUGGUCCCAACCACGGCAGAGGCUUCUACUGCUGCGCCGCGCGCCAGACGGCAAGGAAGGGAUGCAAGUUCUUCAAGUGGGAGUCCACCCUGAAGAAGACCAGCUCCGUUUUGCUCUGUCACGCCGACACAAUGCUCGGCCCUCGUCGCCCUCAGAGGAAGAGCGUGUGAGUGCUGACAUCAAAAACAAGCGUUAAGCACUCCCACACUGCUGUCUGCUGGAUCAGGUCCUGCCAGCUUCAUUAUGAUGUUUCCAAAGAAAAAUGACAUGCUUUCUUUCAACCAAACAAGGGAGUUAUUUUUCUGAAAUCACCAACUGCAGCAACAACUCUAGUGUAAUGUUAGCUUCAGUUAGCAGAUGAACAUCUAGAGAUCAUCUGCGGUCUGAGUCCAUCAACACGCCGCCUUGAUGACUCUGUGCUGGGCAGUGGGAUAGCCACAAUCCUGAACAACUAUCGGCUCAUAUACCAAACCUAUACCAUACUUGGGGAAAGUCUUGGAAAAGCUGACUGACUUUCUCCUCUGUAGGCCCCACCACAGCACUCGGACAGCUCUUGUCAAGGGGACACCGUAUCUGUCUGAAGAUAAAUGCCAGGCAAAGUCUCUUUCAGUUCUGCAGUUGAUCAUGAGAUCUUACCACAGAGGUUCGAAAACUGGCUGGGAAUCUCUGGUACUGCUCUAAAACGGUUCAAUGAGUACUUGGUUGCAGUUGGUACCUGUGUCUCUGACCAAAUGGUUAUGACCUGUGGUGUUCCCCAGGGGUCAAUCCCGGGACCAUGCUUCCUUUUUAGGCCAGCCGAUACGCAGCUGCAAUGUGUCCUCCCACAGUUAUGCAGAGCACACUCACGGCAGGUGCCGUCAAACAUGGUCCUGCAUGUUUCUAUGUCACAGCAUCAAACCGAAACUUCAAACUUUCUGCAGCAAAACUCAAACAUUGUCUUUGGCGCACAGAAACCUGGAGACUCUUUGUCUAAAACCUCAUCAUGUGGUUAGAAGUCGAGGGGGAAUAAUGGACUCGGAUCUCCACUUUAACAGCCACAUGAAAUCAUGAGCUUUUUACCCGCUAAAAGGCGUUGCCCAAAUCAGAGGACUAGUGUCUAAGGCAGAUUUAGAGGGACUAAUCCAUGCCUUUGUCUACAGCAGGCUAGACCACAGGAACGACCUUGUCACUGGGCUCUAAACCAGCCGUAAACCAGCUGCAGUAUAUCCACCAUGCAUGCUGCUGCUCCAGUCCUGACCAGAACUACAAAAUAUGACCCUAUUAGUCCAGUACUCGGGUCUCUGUACUGGCUUCCUGUGGCUCAGAGAAUAGAUUUUAAAACAGCUCUGCUUGUGUACAAGUCUCUUCGUGAUCUAGAUCUGAGCUCUGAGAAGCUCAGGGAGUGGUCUGCUGUGGGCGCCCAGAGUCGGGACUAAACACGGUCAGGCUGCCAACAUCAUGACAGGACAGGAUUGUCUCCAGGCUCCAAAGCUGGGGAAGUUUACAGAAACAUUUGCACUGCUUUGAAGGUUCCAAUGAGCACAGUGGCCUCCAUCAUCCCUUAGUGGAAGAAGUUUGGAACCACUAGGACAUGGGAGAAGGGCCUUAGUCAGGGUGGUGACCAAUAACCCCAUGGCCACUCUGUCAGCAUUCUUCUGUGGAGAGAGGAGAACCUUCCAGUAGGACAACCAUCUCUGCAGCAAUCCACCAAUCAGGCCUGUAUGGUAGAGUGGCCAGAAGGAAGCCACUCCCAUGGUAAAAGGCACAUGGCAGCCCGUCUGGAGUUUGCCAAAAGGCACCCGAAGAAAAAUGGAACUCUUUGGAAUGAAUGCCAGGUGUUACGAUUGGAGAAAACCGGGAAGUGCUCAUCAGCAGGCCAAUAGCAUCCCUGCAGUGAAGCAUGUUGUUGUGGAAGCAUCAUGUCAUUUUUCACUGUUUUAGUUUUAAUUAAAAAAAAAAUUAAUCACAUUGCUGUUAUAGGGUGUUGUGUACAGAAGUUUUGAGAAAUAAUUGUAUUCAAUCAAUUUUGGAAUAAAGCUGUGACAUUAACCCUUUCACGCAUGACGGUCACUGCAGUGGACAGCUAUUAAAAGGUCAUUUUCAAUUAUGAAAAUAGGUUUUGAUGGCAUUGUUGCUUAUAAGCCUCUAGAGUGGACGCCUGAGAAUCCACCCAACACUGCUUUGUGAGGUCAACCAUUGUAACUGCAGAAUAAUUGUGUCAACAUUGAAGAUGGCUGCCAGAAAUUAAAACAUGCCUAGCACCUGUGGGAUUUCUGCUCAAUCCUUCUAGAGUAGGAGACUCCUGCAGGUAAAAAAAAUAUUUCUACAUCAAGUAACACCUAAUAAUCACCAUAGUUGUGAAAAUUUCAAUGUAUUGAUUUUAGAUUGGGAGGAAAUUGCAAUUUUUCAGAUGUCCACCAAAGUGGACUGCAUGCAAUUACAUGCAAUUACUGAACAGUAUAUCACUCUUGACAAUGUUUUAUCUGAAGUAGUUUUCCCUUGUAUAAAUCAACAUUUUAUGCUAUUAGAUUGUAAGCUGUAUUGUAUAUAUCAAUAUGUAUGUUUUGUGCAUUAUUCAUGAUGAGUAACAGGUACUUUUCCAGCAAAUUUGCUCACUGCUGUGGAUCCUGAGGAGUUUCAAGCCAUAGAUGAGAUGAUCAUGCUCUUCAAAGGCAAAUUGUCUAUCAAGCAAUACAUCCCCAAAAAAACAAAACCCUGGGGUGUGAAAAUUUUGGCAAGAUCAGGGGCUUCAGGAUACAUGUACCACUUUGAAGUGUACAGGGGUGCAGCCAGCACAGGUGCAGUCAACGAAUUGGGAAUGGCUGCAGACGUCAUCUUGCGCCUCUGUGAUGACAUCCAAUUCAAGAACCACAAGGUGUUUUUUGAUAGCUACUUUCGUGGCAUUCCACUAAUUACUGUCUUGAAGGAACGGGGCAUCUAUGUCACUGGCACAUGCCGGGUCAACAGGCUUCAGGGGGCACAAACAAAACUCAGGAGUGCAACAGAACUCAAAGAAGGAGGAAGAGGAGCUAUCUCUGUUGUCACCAAUGGUGAAGAUCUCACUGUCAAACUUGGUCUCUUCCUGUCUUGGCAAGCACCUGACGGAUGUUGCACAGAGAUGGUCCAAGAAAGAUAAGAAGAUCAUCACCAUGGACAGGGCAUUUGCAGUGAAGGUCAACAACGAUUAUAUGGGAGUGUUUGACCUGAUGGACCAAAUGGUGGCAAUGUAUCCUCACAGAUGCAAGACCAAACACUGGUACAUCAGAAUGUUCUUCCACUUCCUCGAUGUAACCGUUGUGAAUGCCUGGCAUCUCCUCAGAUUCUCUGGAUUGGACUAGGGUGGUCUUCUGCCUUUCAAGGCAUCUGUGGCGCAUUCAUUGAUAAAUGCAGGCACUGUCCGCAAAAGGGGGAGACCAAGUGACACUUCCCCACCUCCUAUUCCUGUAAAGCGCAAACCUGCAUCCAAGGUACCCGGGGAGGUCAGGCCUGGUCCUGGAAACCUCUUGCCCCAGCUGAACAACAUAAAAAAUGCCCAAAGAUCCCAAGACCCUGCGUGCACACGAAAAACAAAGUGCAGCUGCAUGUGUUGCAAUGUGGCUGUGUGCCCUGGGUGCAUGGCAAUUUUUCACACAAGACGGUGAUCUAGUACUGUAUCUCAGUACUGAUCGACUACAUAAGUACAUAAGCAUAAGCAUGCAGCGUUGUAGCAGGGUUGUACCACCUCAUCUGUGGCCUAUCCCUAACCUUGUGAGGUUGUCAGUUGAUGCACUAUAGUUUGUGUAGUUUGUCAGUUGAAGCUCUGCAGUUUGAUGAGUUUUGUCAAUUGAAGCACUGCUGUUUGUCUCGUUUUGUCAAAAUUCACAAACGCAUGCUGUCCACCUAUGUGGACAUAUUCAUAACUUCUUGAAAAUUUGGUGUAUAAAAACAGAACCAAAUCAGUUCUUAUUUUUAUGUCUAA